AUGACCUGUUUUUGUUUGCUUCAGAUGUUCUUCAUACUGCUGUGCACUAUGCAAAUCUCAACUCCAGACUGUAAUAUUCCUCCUUUACAGCAAAGCAAAGCGAUUCAGAGCAGUUUACAUCUUCUGGACAAAAUAGGACAAGCAUUUCCUCUGCAAUGCAGACGUGAGCAUGUACUCUUCAAGUUUCCUCACAACAUUCUGAAGCUCAGACAGAAAGACAAUGUCAAGGUGGCAGUUCAGGAAACGCUCCAAAGCAUCUUCUACAUGUUUAGCAAAAAUUUAACCUUAGCUGCCUGGGAUGGCAGAUCCCUUGAAAGUUUCCAGAAUGGACUUUAUCAACAAAUUGAGCAGCUAGAGGCAUGCUCAAUUAAGAAGAUAAAAAAGAAGCCACAAUAUUUAAGGAAUGUGGAAGCCAACAGACUGAAACUGAAAAAAUACUUUCAAAGGAUAGACAACUUUCUAAAAGGCAAGCAAUAUAGCCUGUGUUCCUGGGAGAUCAUCCGUGAGGAAGUGAGGAAAUGUCUUCAACUUAUUGAGAAAGGACUAGAAGGCUUAGAAAAUAAGUUGUGGAUUCAAGCCAAAAUCAAGAACCUGCUAAAUGAACAAGAUUCAAGAAGAGCAGAUGUGAAACAGAAACAUCCAAAAUGCAAAAGAAGGCACCAGGACCUGAAAUAA